GAAUAGACUUCUCUGAAGCUCCCUAUCUAUGUCUGAUGAACUCUCCCCAUCAUUCCCUUGGCUGCUUUGCUGUAAAGGAUUGACAAGGUGUUCCAUACAGAGAGGGUGGAAGGCAGGAGGAAGGAACAGGUCUCCGAGAGCUUGAUUUGCUCUUGCUCAGCUUACCCAAAGAUGUCUUACAACUCUUCUCUCCUCGGCCCAAGUCCUAGAGAGGAUCCCAAGGGUGGCGGUUUCUUGGAGGAAAGCAGUGGUGGAGGUGAUGGCAGCAGUGUCCUGGGAGGGGACAGCCUGGUCACAGGGCUGGGCGCAGUGCUGCUGCUCAUGUGUCUCACCGGCAUGGUGGGGAACAUCUACACAGUGGCAGUGGCCUCUGGCAGGGUGGCAGGCUGCUCAGCAGGCUCCUUGGGGGUCUACAUGGUAAACCUUGCCCUGGCUGACCUCCUGCACCUGUCCACCAUCCCCUUUGUGGUUAGCACCUACUUCGCCCACGACUGGUUCUUUGGGGAUGUGGGCUGCAGACUUCUGCUCAGCCUGGACCUCCUCACCAUGCGCGCCAGCGUUUUCCUCCUGACCGCCAUGAGCCUGGGGAGGUACUGGGCGGUGGCCAAGCCCCUGUGGGCCGGGCGGGCCAGCAACGCCUGCCGCAAGCCGGUCAGCACCAUCCUCUGGCUGCUCUCGCUGCUGCUGACGGCCCCCAUAUUGGUGACGACCCAGCUGCGGGAUGGGGACGGCCCCCACAAGCACAUCUGCGUCCCCAGCUGGGCGCCGGCAGCUUUCCGGCUCUACCUGAGGGCGCUGUUCAGACCCGGAGCGCUGCUGGCCAUGGCCUAGGCCCGCCCGGCCCGGGCCUACCACUGCCGGUGCCCGGCCGCGCCCGCCCGCCGCCUCCUCCCCGGCGUCUCUGCCGUCCUGGUGGCCCACUGGGCCUGCUUCCUCCCCUUCUGGGCCUGGCAGCUGGCCCGGCUGUACCAGGGAGAGCUGGGCCUCAGCCCCGCUGCCCAGGCCUGCCUCAGCUUCGGUGUCACCUGCCUGGCCUAUGGCAACAGCUGCGCCAGCUCCUUCCUCUACACCAACAGAUACCGCGGGCGCCGCCGCGCCGGGACGGGCAGUGUCACAUCCCGAGGUGUCUCCUUUAACCUGAGGUCACCUCAGGAGAACAUAAAGGUGGCCUGGAACCCAGGUCUUUCCGAUGCCCGCCGAUGAGAGACUGCAUGAGGCUGUUCUUAGAGGUUUUCAUGGUUGUUUAUUCUUCCUUAUCUCAGGAAUGCUUUGGCCAGCGAACAGCGGUCUGCUCGCUAGACGUCCAGGGCAGAAUCUGCCUGGCAGAGGCAGGACUUAUCUUUUAUAGUCUAAAUUACCUACUAGGUAUUUACAAUUAUUUUCCAAUACAAUACAACUUUGUUAAACGGUCCAGCUCUGACCCCAUCCAAUCUAAAAGUGCCAGCAUGUCACCCAGCAUGGAUGACACGGAGAAGAAGGAGGAAGAAGUAUCCACACCCCCAAAUUCUCCAUCUUGGCCACGUGUCCCUUAUCACAAACAUUCCCAAAAGUCUAUUUAUCUACGUUCCAACAACCUAAUUUACACUUUACUAAUUUUGGUGGUUUGUUUCCAUUCCCUCUGUGUUGGUAAUUUCCCCCAGGGGUUGGAAUUCAGCGCCUGAGACACCAGGGUCUCAUUCAGGGGUCUUUGGGGACCCCGCCCCCAGGGAAGCCGGAGGAAUACUCUGGGCUCCCACAGGGCAGGGCACGGCCUGCAGCACC